AUGUCAUCCAGAUCCGGCAGCACAAGAGAGUAUGAAACUAAUGACCAGUCGCUGGGUCGUUCAGCUUCCCCACCAGUCCCGGAGUCUAGUGAGACUGAGGCUGAAGGCUUGAUAUUUUAUCACAUGGAUCUUUAUGGAUCAAAGGAGAGGUUUGAUAUCUUUCCUGAAGAGCCAUCUGGUCAAGGAGACAGAUCUCUGGGGGAUACCAGAAGGGAAUCUGCAUUGAGUAGCAAAAAAUUUCAGCACUCACAAGAAACUGGAUAUGACUUGGAAAAGGAGGUUGCAGAGUUGGCUAAGAUGUAUGGACUUGAUGAGGAUAGAGAAAAAGAGCUAGAGCUUCUUGGAGGACAUCUGGAGAUGGUGGAGAGCAGAUGGCCACCUGCUCCCACAGAAAAAGCAGGAUCACAAGGCUCCGUAUAUAACGCAUCAAAAAGCAGCUCUCCAGUGAAAGAUCAAAGUCAAAGCACAACGCAACAGGGACUUCCUAGCAAGGCUUCUCAAGAUGAAGAUCAGAGCAAAGCCAAAGCAGAGGAUGAGGCUGAGAGCCACACGUGGUCCAGAGAGGGGCUUAGCAGUGGUGGCCUGUCGGAUGAGUGGAGCAGUCAGGCUGUCAGUGAGGAGGAGGAAGCGGCAGAUGUUUUUUGCUCUACCUGCAAGAUGCCAAUCCGAGCUUUUGACAAACUGUUUGGUGAACACAAGGAUCACGAGGUGGCUCAGCUCCCCAGUGCUGUGGAAAGUGAAAAGGAGGAGAUUCAUAAAAAUAUGUGCAAGUUGGAAGAACAGAUUGCUCAGAUGGAAAACUUUGCCAGUCACUUGGAGGAAAUCUUCAUCACUGUAGAGGAAAACUUUGGGAGGCAGGAGCAGAACUUCGAGGUGCAUUACAACGAUGCAGUGCAAGUGCUUGCUCAGAAGUACGAAGAACAGUUGGAAGCACUGGGGGAAGAGAAGAGGCAGAAGCUGGAAGCUUUAUAUGGGCAGCUGGUCAGUUGUGGGAAACAUCUCGACACCUGCAAGGAGCUGACAGACGCAACCCAGAGGCUUUACCUGGAAAAUGACAAAGCCAAUUUUAUGAAGGCAGCAGUAACCAUGGUUGACAGGCUGGAAGAAUUCUUAAAGAAAGAAGUGGAUUUAGAGCUUUCAACACUGCCAGACUUUGAAGAGCGGGUCAUAGAUUUCUCUGAAGUUGAACAACUAAUGAACUCCAUUAAUACUAUUCCAGCUCCUUGUGCCCCUGUGAUCAAUCCCCAGACUCCCAAUGCAGCGACUGGCACCUCACUGAGAGUUUGCUGGGGCCUCUUCUCAGAUGACACUGUUGAGUGCUACCAACUGUGCUAUAAAGCAGUGAGCAAUGAGAGGCACAGUGAUGAACAAGCAGAGCAUACGCUAAAAGUCAAAGAAACGUACUGCACCAUUACUAAUCUGUUGCCGAAUACACAGUAUGAAUUUUGGGUUAGUGCUUUAAAUGCCUCUGGUACCAGUCCACCAAGUGAAAGAGCAGUUUAUGUAACAGCUCCUUCACCACCUACCAUAAAGAGUAAAAAGAUCCGAAGCUGUGAAAAUGCAGCACUUGUGUGCUGGGAAUCUAGAGAUAUUAACCCUGUUGAUUCCUACAUGGUUGAGUUGUCCAAGCUGACAGAUGAAGAUGAUGGCGAUAUUAUUACUGAAUCUAUUGUUGGGAUUCCUAACUGCGAAGUCCUAAUUCACCUCCAGCCAGCACAAAGCUAUCGCAUCUGUGUUAGAGCCCUAAACCUGGGUGGUUCCAGCGAAAGAAGUGAACCUGUCCUGAUACACACCACAGGCACCUACUUCUGCCUUAACGAGGACACAGCCCAUCCUUUACUGGCAAUUCUAGAUGAUGGAUUUACAAUUGCAUGCGAUGAACUGGAAAACCUGGAGUGUGAUCUGCCUGUCUAUGAUAACAGCUUUACAAGGUGUAUUGCGAUCCUGGGCAGUCUAAUCCCAUUUCCAGGAAAACAUUACUGGGAGGUGGAAGUUGAGGAAGAUACAGAGUACAGAAUCGGUGUGGCUUUUGAAAAUACUCCAAGACAUGGUUAUCUGGGGGCAAACAACUCAUCCUGGUGCAUGAGGCAUAUCAUCACACCAUCAAGGCACAAGUACGAAUUCCUGCACAGCGGGAUGACUCCAGACAUCAGAAUUACUAUCCCCCCCCAAAGGAUUGGCAUCCUGCUGGACUAUGAGAACUGCAGACUGUCAUUUUUCAAUGCAGAUAUUGCCCAGCACCUUUACGCAUUCAACUCACACUUCCAGCAUUACGUCCACCCCUGCUUUGCUUUGGAAACACCUGGUAUCCUACGGAUACAUACUGGAAUUGCAAUACCCCCAUGGACUGCCCUCCCAUAA